UUAUUUUAUUUUAGAUCACAUUUUUUUUGUUUCACUAAAAACACAAACCUAACGGCCUGUCAUAACAUCAAAAAAGUUUUCGUAACGCGAUACCUUAAUUUUAUUUUUUAUUUGUUUUAAAUUUCGUAGUUUUAAAUUUUAUUAAAAAUUGUUUAAGAAAUGCAAGUUUUUCGUAGUUUGGCGCGCUUCAUCAAAGCGGUCCGUGUAGUGCAGCCCUCUUUGCUGCGUACUGUCACAGAAGCACAGAUCGCCAUGAAGCGUUCUUAUGCCAAAAGCUAUCUGAAUCCGAAAUUCCAAAUGGAAGAACAGGAGGAAUUGGAAGCAGAGGAAGAAAACUGUGUUGAUCCUCUCUAUCCCAUAUUGCAGAAUCGAAAGUCAAACCUUUUCUUUAUGCCAAAUGAAGUAGGCCCAGCAUACCGCAAUCAGACGACCACAACUCUUCCAUUCCGCCUUAUCGAUCGGUAUUCAAGUCACAUUGAAUACGAUCAUGUGGACAUAUCGUCGGCGAAAUCCUUGGGCUGCCCGCUCCUUCUAUUGGGCUACAUGAGGCGCAUGUUUGUGCACCCAUUUCUGGAGUUUACAAAUCCCGAUGAUUUUAGUGUUAUUAAUUUGCAUUUCGACAGUGAUGUCGAUAGCGCCAUUAAGGCAUUCGUCCUAAUUGCACGACAAUACUCGGUGGAUAUUUUGAAUAAGGGAUUUUGGGCAGAUUUUGUCAAUCCAUUCACGGGACGGGCCUAUUUCAAAUCAGCACCAGGACGUCGUAAGUUGGUGAAGGAAGCACGUUUUCUCAGCAACUUGGCCUUUGAGACUAACAACGGGUGCGUUUUCAUUAACGAACCAAAACAGAGUACAUUUACUGGUGCCAUCUUCACUGAUAUACCGUACUUCUUGAUUGAGCCAUACAAUUGGAACAUAUAAGAAUUAUCCAAAAACACUGGCUUUUUUCAAAGAAUAAAGUGAAUAAUUAAUAAAACUAUCUCUUCCCAUUA